AUGACUGGUCCAAAAUCUGAUGCCCUAUUCCAGUACAUUGGUGUUAAAAAGUAUUUCAGUUAUUGUACUCUCACAAGUAAAAUGAAUUGUGUGCUGGCCACAUAUGGAGGAAUUGAAUUGUUAGUCUUGUAUUUCAAAUUAAAGUUAAAAAAAAAAAACUCUCCCUCUGUGCUCUGUGAAAGCAGCACAAAUGGAUUCAAAAUUGUACCUUACCUGCUUAGUUCCUAUUGCCUGGUGAAGCUAACAACAACUCGUGAAAAUUUGCACAAUAAAUUAUAAACCUGGAAGAAAUAUUUAUUUAUUUUUAUUUGAUAGUCCAGAGAGAAAUUGAGGAGAAAGAGAGAGAAACCUGCUGCACUC